AUGUGGAAACUAAAGGUUGCGGAGGGAGGAAGUCCAUGGCUCCAUUCUAUCAACGAUCACGUUGGACGUCAAGUUUGGGAGUUUGAUCCCGAGCUAGGUUCCUUCGACGAAAUUGCUGAAGUUGAAAAGGCCCGACAAAUCUUUUCAGAGAAUCGGUUCGAACAAAAGCAAAGCUCGGAUAUGCUCAUGCGCAUUCAGUUUGCAAAGGAGAAUCCACAUCCUGUUAUCGUACCAGAAGUCGAGAUAACAGAUGUAGAAGAUAUUACGGAGGCUAAAGUAGCGAACAUAUUAAGGAAAGCCGUAUGUUUCUAUUCGAGUCUGCAGGCAGACGAUGGACACUGGCCAGGCGAUUACGGAGGUCCUAUGAUUCUAUUGCCUGGUUUGGUUAUUACCUUAUCCGUUACCGGGGCAUUAGAUGCAGUCUUAUCGAACAACCAUAAAAUCGAGAUCCUUCGUCAUAUCUACAAUCACCAGAAUAAAGAUGGUGGAUGGGGUCUGCAUAUCGAAGGUCAUAGCACCAUGUUCGGUAGCGUCCUAAACUAUGUGACAUUGAGAUUGCUUGGAGGAGGAGCUGAAGAUGGCGAAGCAGCAAUGCAAAAGGCACGAACGUGGAUUUUGGACCAAGGCGGGGCUACUAUGAUCACGUCUUGGGGAAAGAUUUGGCUUUCAGUACUCGGGGUAUACGAGUGGUCAGGAAACAACCCGUUGCCGCCUGAACUCUGGUUGGUUCCAUAUGUUCUUCCGGUGCAUCCAGGUCGGACAUGGUGUCAUGCUCGAAUGCCAUUUUUGGGUAUGUCGUACUUAUAUGGUAAGAGGUUCAUUGGUCCUAUCACGCCUACGGUUUUGGCUUUGAGAAACGAGUUGUAUACCAUCCCUUAUCAUGAAAUAGAUUGGAAUAAAGCACGAAAUCUAUGUGCAAAGGAAGAGCUUUUUUAUCCACACCCUCUUAUUCAAGACAUUCUGUGGGCAACUAUUGACAAGAUGGUGGAACCAGUUCUUAUGAGAUGGCCCGGGAAGAAGUUGCGAGAGAAGGCGCUUCGCCAUGUCAUGGAGCAUAUUCAUUAUGAAGACUUGAAUACUCGAUAUGUAUGCCUAAGUUCAAUAAACAAAGUGAUAAAUAUGCUCUGUUGUUGGGUAGAAGAUCCAAAUUCAGAGGCUUUCAAGUUUCAUCUCCCGAGAAUACAUGAUCAUCUAUGGCUUGCUGAAGAUGGCAUGAAGAUGAAGGGUUAUAAUGGUAGUCAAUUAUGGGACACUGCUUUCGCCAUUCAAGCAAUUGUUUCUACAAAUCUCGUUGAAGAAUUUAGUCCAACGCUAAGAAAGGCACAUGUUUUCCUAAAAAGGUCACAGAUCUUAAAGAAUUGCCCUGGUGAUCCUAAGUAUUGGUAUCGUCACAUUUCAAAAGGUGGUUGGCCGUUCUCAACUGCAGAUAAUGGAUGGAUCGUGUCAGAUUGCACUGCUGAAGGGUUAAAGGCUGCACUCAUGCUAAGAAAAUUGCCAUCUGAAGCUGUUGGUGAACCAUUAGAUAUAAUGCGGUUGUAUGAUGCCGUUAACGUUAUACUAUCUUUACAGAAUGCCAAUGGUAGUUUUGCUACAUAUGAACUUACAAGAUCCUACAAAUGGUUGGAGUGGAUUAAUCCUGUUGAAACAUUUGGUAACGUCGUUAUAGACUACCCAUGUUUAGAAUGUACCUCAGAUGCAAUCCAAGCUCUGACAACAUUCAAGAAAUCAUACCCUGAUUAUAGGAGAGAAGAAGUACAACGAAGUAUUGACAAAGCUGUUGCAUUCAUUGAAAAAGAGCAAGCAUCAGACGGUUCAUGGUAUGGUUCAUGGGGAGUUUGUUUCACCUAUGCCACAUGGUUUGGAAUUGAAGGACUAGUAGCUGCUGGAAGAAACUUCUCUAAUUGCGUUAGCGUUCGUAAGGCUUGUAACUUUUUAUUGCGUAAACAACUUGCUUCUGGUGGCUGGGGAGAGAGUUACCUCUCAUGUCAGGACAAGGUGUAUACCAAUCUUGAAGGAGGUCGCUCUCAUAUUGUGAAUACUUCUUGGGCUCUGCUUGCUCUCAUUCAUGCUGAGCAGGCCAAUAGAGACGCAACACCGUUGCACCUAGCAGCACAAGUAUUGAUUAACUCUCAAAUGGAGAAUGGAGAUUUCCCACAACAGGAGAUCAUAGGUUCGUUUAACAGGACCUGCAUGAUUACAUAUGCAGCAUACAGAAACAUCUUCCCUAUUUGGGCCUUAGGAGAAUACCGCAGCAGUGUACUUGAGCAAUGAGUAACACAAUAUUCUCGCCUUCGAUUUAUCCAAGGUUUCCAAACUCCCUUCUUUAAGGAAAUUCAAACUCGUCUCUCUAGUUAACCUAUUUGGUAUCUAGAGGUUCAUGACCUCAUAUAUCAUGGUGUAUGCCUCUCUAAAUAUCACAUGAUCAACCAUUUGGCAUUUAACAGAGGAUCAAUUCAAAGUUGAUUUCAAUAAUGCUAAUUUUUAUUUAAAUAUUGAUCCUGAAAUUAGUUGCAAUAUUUGUAUCACCUUCCAUAUUUUACGAAAAUCAAAUAUUUGGCCCCAAUUACAAAAUGCUCGUUAUGCCUAUUUAUAGAACAAUUUGAGUUAUCCAUUCCACAAAUCUUUUACGAAACACAGGGGAAUUUCAAACCAUCUCAGUUUUUCUAGUAGAACUAGCAAUUACAAGUCAAUAACGAAUGAUCGUAAGAACUUAACAAGCCGACCGAUUAAUCAAUGAAACCCUAAAAUACAAUCAAUGAAGAUAAAGAACGCCAUAUAGCAGAUGAAAUUGAAUAACAAAAACCCUAGAAGAUGAAGAUGACACUGUCGGUACCA